CAAAAUAGAAAAUACAGAAAAUAAACAAUCAAACAACAUAAGAAACAGAUCGGUGAAGUGUGAGCGAUACGCCAUUGCUGUAGGACUGGCGCAGAGCACGAUUUCCACCCCUUCUCCCUCCGUAGAAUUCUUCUCUAACAUUAUUUCCCCUCCCUUUCCUCACUCAUUCUGUUGCAACCAAAACCAAGAACUUCAUGCAAAGCAAAGGAGCAGAGCAGAGCAGGCUUAAAGAGAGACGAAAUUAGACGUGCUCAAGAACCAUAUCUCGUAUUGCUGUGCAGAAGGUGAAGAAUAUUCUCAAAAAAAAUACUCUCAUCGGACCAGUUUUCUGUGAAAAGAGAACAUUCAGUGCACUGAGAUGGAUAGAAGAGGGCUUACUUUGAUUCAGGGACCUAUUGACGAGAGCCUAUAUAGGAGUGCAUCAUCGUCCCAGAACAUCGCGGUGGAGUCAACAUCUUACCUCUCUCCCACCACUGCCACCAGUUCUGAUUCUCUGAACAGAGAAUUCAAACUGCACAUUGGCAGAUUCUUUUAUGAGAACAGGCUGGAUUUUGAUGCAGCCAGUUCAACAAGCUUUAAGAGCAUGAUCUCCCUUUUCUCUCGAAGAGGGAUUCAGUGUCAAGCUCCUACUGUCGAGGAGUUAAAAGGGUGGAUAUUCAGGGAUGUGAUGAAGGAAGCGACCUCACGUGUGGAUGAGAUCAAAAGAUCGUGGGCAGUCACUGGUUGUAGCAUCUUGCUUGAUGGAUGGACGUAUGCCAAUGACCGAACCUUUGUGAAUGUUUUGGUGGACUCCCCCAAAGGUACUGUCUAUCUUUCCUCAUCUGACAUAACUACUUGUGUUGGAAAUAUGGAGGCUAUGCAGACCUUCUUAGCGAAGGUUCUGGCGGAGGUUGGACUCCAUAACGUUGUUCAAAUAGUCUCAUACUCGAGCUCGGCCUUCAUGAUGGAGGCUGGUAGGCAGCUCAUGGAGAGAUAUCGGCCAAUCUUUUGGACAGUGAGUGCUUCGCACUGCAUUGAGCUUAUUUUGGAGAAUCUGGCGACGAUGGAUAUCAUCCACGAGACAUUGGAGAAGGCAAAGAUCAUCUCAAGCUUCGUUCACAACCACCCGAUUGCUCUGAAGUAUCUGCAAGACCAGACAAAUGGGAGUGGCCUGGUUGAUUCUUCGAGGAUAAGUACAAUGAGGCCCUUCCUGAUGCUCGAGAAUAUCGUGAUAAAGAAGGGAGCUUUGAAGAAAAUGUUCUCCUUCUCUCAUUCUCAAAGCUCGAACUUGAUGUCAACCGUGGAGGGAAGAAAAGCGAGUGAGCUGGUGGCGGAUCGUUCGUUCUGGAUAGGGGCCUCGACUAUUCUGAAAGGCGCUAUACCUGUCGUGCGCGUGAUAGAAUGGAUGGACAAGAGUGGAAGGGUCCACAUGGGGUAUAUAUACGAGAUCAUUGAUCAGGCGAAGGAGACCAUCAAGCAGGGGUUCAAGAAGAAAUCUGAAUACAUGCCAUUUUGGGAUGCAAUCGACGAUGUAUGGAAUAAGUGCCUCUACAGCCCUCUCCACUCCACGGGCUACUACUUUAACCCAAAUCUUUUCUACACGAGCGACGCGUAUAUCGAUUCUGAAGUUGUCACCGGCAUGUCCUGCUUCAUUGUUCGGUCGGCUGCUGAUUUCCGUAUGCAGGAUCAGUUGGUUGUCCAGAUGGAGCUGUAUAGAACCGGCAGAGGUGGCAUGGGUGCCGGAGUUCCUGAAGAACAAAGAUCGAAUCUUUCUCCGGCUCUUUGGUGGUCGAGAUACGGCGGGGAAUGCCCAGAGUUGCAGAGGCGGAUGAUUCGAUUGCUGAGCCAGACGUGCGACGGUGCAGCCAGGUAUCAGCUCAGGAGAAGCUUGGCAGAGACACUUUUGACCAAGGGAGGGAAUGAAGAUGAGCAAAAAUGGGCAAGGGAUAUGGUUUUCCUUGGAUACAAUAUGCAUCUGCAGAAUUUUGUAAUUGGCAGCUCUGUUUCCGAUGAUGCCAAUUCAUAACAUUUGUUUUUGGCAGUAUUAUUUAUAAUGAUGAUAUCAUAUAAGUAGUAACAAUUAUUCGGCUCAAUUACUCAUACAAUUAGCCAUUAA